UCCAUACACAGACCAAGGAACCUUUCAUCCCCACGCAAGAUUCAGCCUUUUGCUCUGCAAACCUAACUUUUGCAAGUGGAUACUUCAUGGUGGUGGCGGAAGAUUCUUGUGGCCCGAGGAUGGCAGACGAUGGCUGUGCGGAUGCAGACCUCCCGGACUGUAACUGCAAUGUCGCAAGGGUAAAGAAGCUGAAGGAGACUCUGGUUGCAGUCCAGCAGCUGGAUAAGAACAUGAGCAGUCUGAGGACGUGGUUAGCCCACAUCGAGUCAGAGCUGGCCAAACCCAUCGUCUACGAUUCCUGUGACUCAGAAGAAAUACAGAAAAAGCUUAACGAGCAGCAGGAGCUUCAGAGGGACAUCGAGAAGCACAGCACGGGCGUGGCCUCUGUGCUCAACCUGUGCGAGGUCCUUCUCCAUGACUGUGAUGCUUGCGCUACAGACGCCGAGUGCGAUUCCAUCCAGCAGGCCACACGAAACCUGGACCGCCGAUGGAGAAACAUCUGUGCCAUGUCCAUGGAAAGGAGGCUCAAAAUUGAAGAGACAUGGCGAUUGUGGCAGAAGUUUCUGGAUGACUUUUCUCAUUUUGAAGAUUGGCUCAAGAUCUCAGAAAGGACAGCUGCCUUUCCCAGCUCUUCCGGGGUGCUCUAUACAGUUGCCAAGGAGGAACUAAAGAAAUUUGAGGCUUUCCAGCGACAGGUCCAUGAGAGCCUGACCCAGCUGGAGCUGAUCAACAAGCAGUACCGCCGCCUGGCCAGAGAGAACCGCACAGACGCGGCCGGCAGCCUCAAACAGAUGGUUCACAAAGGCAACCAGAGAUGGGACAACCUGCAGAAGCGCGUCACCUCCAUCCUGCGCAGACUCAAGCAUUUCAUUGGCCAGCGGGAGGAGUUUGAGACGGCACGGGACAGCAUUCUGGUGUGGCUGACGGAGAUGGAUCUGCAGCUCACCAACAUUGAGCACUUCUCUGAGUGUGAUGUUCAAGCUAAAAUAAAGCAGCUCAAGGCCUUCCAGCAGGAAAUCGCGUUGAACCACAAUAAGAUCGAGCAGAUAAUCGCCCAAGGAGAACAGCUGAUAGAAAAGAGUGAACCCUUGGAUGCGGCCGUCAUUGAGGAAGAGCUGGACGAGCUCCGACGUUACUGUCAGGAGGUCUUCGGGCGCGUGGACAGAUACCAUAAGAAACUGAUGCGCCUGCCCCUCCCAGAUGAUGAGCACGACCUCUCUGACCGGGAGCUGGAACUGGAUGAGGCUGGAGCUCUGUCGGACCUCCACUGGCGGGACACCACGGACGGCGUGCUCUCCCCGCAGCCUUCCUCCAACCCCUCCCUCUCACUCGCCCAGCCCCUCCGGAGCGAGAGGUCUGGACGAGACACCCCCGCCAGUGUGGACUCGAUCCCCCUGGAAUGGGACCAUGACUAUGACCUCAGCCGUGACCUGGAGUCCGCCGUGUCCAGAACUCUGCCAUCUGAGGGCGAAGAGGGCCCAGAAGAUAAAGAUUUCUACCUCAGGGGAGCUGUUGGCUUAUCAGAUGUAGUGAUCCCUGAAAGUCCCGAGGCCUAUGUUAAACUCACAGAAAGUGCAAUCAGAAAUUCCUCUGGGGACCCUGGUGCCUUGGAGUCACAGAUCCGACAGCUGGGCAAAGCCUUGGAUGACAGCCACUUUCAGAUGCAGCAAACGGAGAAUAUCAUCCAUAGCAAAACGCCCACAGGACCAGAGCUAGACUCUGGCUACAGAGGCUACAUGAAACUGCUGGGUGAAUGCAGCGGCAGCAUAGACUCGGUGAAAAGACUGGAACACAAGCUGACCGAGGAAGAGGACCAUUUUCCUGGCUUUGUUAACUUGAAUAGCACUGAAACCCAAACAGCUGGUGUGAUUGACCGCUGGGAACUCAUCCAGGCAGAGGCCCUGAGCAAGGAGCUGAGGAUGAAACAGAAGCCCCAGAGGAGGCAGCAGUUGGACUCUGAUCUGAAUAGCGUUCUGACCUGGCUGCGGGAGACGGAGGGCGACCUGGAACAGCUUCAGCGCCUGCAGCUCAGCACCGACAUCCAGUCCAUCGCGCUCCAAAUCCAGAAGCUGAAGGAGCUCCAGAAAGCUGUGGACCAGCGCAAAGCCAUCAUCCUCUCCAUCCAUCUGUGCAGCUCCGAGUUCACUCAGACUGGCCAGGAGGAGAGCCAGGAUCUUCAGGAUCGCUUGUCCCAGAUGAACGGGCGGUGGGACCGCGUGUGCUCCCUGCUGGAGGAGUGGCGGGGUCUUCUCCAGGAUGCACUCAUGCAAUGCCAGGAUUUUCAUGAAAUGAGUCACAGUUUGCUUCUUAUGCUGGAGAACAUUGACAGAAGGAAAAAUGAAAUUGUCCCCAUUGAUUCUAACCUUGAUGCAGAAAUACUUCAGGACCAUCACAAACAGCUUAAGCAAAUAAGGCAUGAGCUGUUGGAAUCUCAACUCAAAGUGGCCUCACUGCAAGACAUGUCUUGCCAACUGUUGGUGAAUGCUGAAGGCACAGACUGUUUAGAAGCCAAAGAAAAAGUCCACGUGAUUGGAAAUCGACUCAAACUUCUCUUGAAGGAGGUCAGUCAUCAUAUCAAGGAGCUGGAGAAGUUAUUAGACAUGUCAAGCAGUCAGCAGGAUCUGUCUUCCUGGUCUUCUGCUGACGAACUGGACACCUCGGGAUCUGUGAGUCCUACCUCAGGAAGAAGCACCCCAAACAGACAGAAAACGCCACGAGGCAAAUGUAGUCUCUCACAGCCUGGACCCUCUGUCAACAGUCCACAUAGCAGGUCCAUAAAAGGUGGCUCCGAUUCCUCCCUUUCUGAGCCUCGGCCAGCCCGGUCCGGCCGAGCCUUCCUGUUCAGAGUCCUCCGAGCGGCUCUUCCUCUUCAGCUCCUCCUGCUGCUUCUCAUUGGGCUGGCCUGCCUAGUCCCGAUGUCAGAGGAAGACUACAGUUGUGCCCUCUCCAACAAUUUUGCCCGAUCAUUCCACCCCAUGCUCAGAUACACAAACGGCCCUCCUCCUCUCUGAACCAAGCAGAUGCUCUCUACAGCUUGCUGCUGGUCGCCUAAGGAGGAAUUUGGCCCAGGGCGAUCCCAAAUGAGCAAAGAGAGGACGUGAGUCUUGGCGGACGCCCUCGGUACGGCUGCUGAUGCCCACCUCCGCCUCCCAUGUGUGCAAAUCACAGCUUCGGAGGUGAUGUUAAAUGGUGAUGGGGGAGGACACAUAGAGGACAGAAGCUGGGAAGAAAUUUUGAUUGAGCCUCAGCACUCAAGAGUCAAGAUUUCUACCAUUCCCUGGACACGUGAACUCUGGGCCCUUGGCCCAUCCUGUGUGUACCCAGGGACUUCCGGAGACCAUCUGGGCAGCUUUCCCAUGGUGCUGCUCCAUCCAUUCAACAAGUGAUGCUGCCUGAGCAUCACGCUGGCAUCGAACAAUCUACCAGCCAACCAGUGCUGAAGAGAUGUGAAGACCCUGUAACACACAGUUUUUAAGAGCUUAUAUGGCAGCUUCCUUUUUACCUUGUUUUCUUUGGGGGCAUGAUGUUCUAACCUUGCAAUUAGAAGCACAAGCUGUAAAUCUGAAAAGGCACUUUUUUUUAAAGGUAUAAAGAAACGUUGGAUGUAAUAAAUAAAAAUCAUGGAAGGCUUUAUGUGAAGAAAAAGUUGAAUGUUAUAGUAAAAGAAAUGAUAUUUAUGUAUGUACAGUUUGCUA